AUCCUUCUUUUGACUUCCUUGGGCAAACUCCGUCAGUAAAUGACAAUUUAGUAAUGUCGUUCCUACAACUGAAUUUGACUGAUAAUAAUAGAAAAAAAAUAAUAAUAAAUGAUUAUCUUGAGACUGAAUCUGGAAUAAUUCACAACAUUUGGUAGCGUCGGAAUUUUAGUUUUUUUGUUUUAUUGUAUUUAUUUCAUGGCUAGCGCGUUUUCCAGUGUAUGUGUUGCCCUGUACACAGUCGGUGCUAUUUCCAAAUAGUACAUAAACAUAGAAAGAGUAUUCGGAAGGAACUGGGUCAAAUUAAAACAAAUAAUAAAAGCCAUGCUUAUGUUUGUUUAUUGCUGGCCAUGACAAUUUAGCAAAUUUUAUUUCUUUCAUAAUCGUUUUUAAAUACAUGUAAAUUGCUGUACAUUAAAACCCAGAGCAAUGAACGGGAGUUGCAACACGUUGUUGGAUAAAGAGGAACAUGUUUUGAAGCUGGGAGAGAGUUUUGAAAAGCGUCCCAAAUCGUCUUUUCACACCAUCCGAUAUGAUUUUAAACCAGCAUCUAUUGACACGUCAUGUGAAGGGGAACUUCAAGUGGGCAAAGGGGAUGAAGUGACAAUCACAUUACCCCACAUUCCGGGCUCUACACCACCUAUGACUGUGUUCAAAGGUAACAAAAGACCCUAUCAAAAAGACUGUGUGCUUAUCAUUAACCACGACACUGGAGAGUUUGUGUUGGAGAAACUCAGCAGCAGUAUACAAGUAAAGAAAACCAGAGCUGAAGGCAGCAGUAAAAUUCAGACCCGGAUAGAACAGCAGUCAGUCCGGGCAACGCAACCUCCAUCACAGUUCAGAGCCCCGACGAAGCCUGGUGCAGGAGCAAAAACAUCCCCCUCCAAGGACAACCCCUCACCUGAACCACAGUUAGAUGACAUUAAGAGAGAGCUGCGUGCUGAGGUGGAGAUCAUUGAACAAAUGAGCAGCAGCGGCAGCAGCAGCAGUUCAUCAGACUCGGGGAGCUCCUCGGGCAGCGAGGACGACAGCUCUAGCAGUGAAGAGGAAGAGGAGGCCCACCCCUCCCCAACACAACACCAGCAGUACAGCAGCCGAGACCCCGCCUCCAAUGGCACCAACCAACCACAGGGCAGCAACCAGCUCAUGAGCACUCUAAGAAAUGACUUACAGCUGAGUGAAUCUGGAAGCGACAGUGAUGACUGAUUCUGGGAUCCCUGGAGUGAAUUGUUUGGGCAGUGCUGUUGAUUUUGUAUGUUUACAAAGAUAUAUAGAACUUAUGAAAAUUACAUUUUAUUAACUGUUUGAUGUAGUUUAACAUUGCAAAAGCUGCCAUUCAAGAUGUUUUAGAUUUAAUUUUUAUCACAAAUAUUGAAUUCUUCUCACACAUGAACAAAAUGUAAAUUUUAUCCAGGAUAUAAGAUGUUAUACUGAGUACCACAUAUACAUUAUAUAUUUUAUCAGCCUUUAUUAUAUACGCUAAGAAAAAAUGUACCUGUUAAUAAGAAGGUAACAAAUAUUUUUAGGGGCCUGGCACUGACCCUAACUCACAGUUAUCAUGACUGUCUUUUUCAUUGUACCCUUCCUGGGUAUGUUGCAAAUGGGUUUCAUUUAUACAAUUGAUAAAACACAUUGAAGAGAAACCUUUAGGGACUAUGAUCUUUUUGCACUUAUAUCAGUAUCAAUAUACAGUAUAUAGCUAAUAAAUAAAGCAUAAACUAUAUAUUCAGGGCGCUCCAGAAGUCCAGUUGGAUAUAGCAUCUAUUAAAUCUGAUUGCAUAAAGCACUCUCUUCAUUUUAAAUGAAUGCAGUUCAUCAUAGCAGUGAAGUGCUUCAACGGGAGUCACUCUGGUAAUGCUGGGCAAAAUAAUGUGUAGAGUACCACCUGCACUUUAAUAACUCAACGACAUAGACUGUUCAUAGGAUAGCUGUCUUCAGAAACAGUAUUAAUAUCAAGAUAAAUACAUUCCACUGCAGUUCCCUCUUCCACUAGCCCUCUCUUGUUCCGUAGUUAUCACCCAAAAUCUGUGACUGGGAUUUUAAUACCACAAAUUAAAGUGUUACCUAUAUGUAUGUUGUGAUUGACAGGCUUGAAUCUUGAAUUUGCUUAGUUUUUAAUAAUCAAAUGCAUACAUAGUUUAUGAAGUGAAAAGAUCUAAACGAUCCCUUGAAUUUGUAUUGUAUCAUAUCUUUAGCAUUAUCACUUAUCUUAUAAACUAUUAGCAAUUUAGUAAAGAUGUGUUAUUUAGUUGAUUAACCUUUUGAGAGUAUUAUUUUACUGUACAUUGUGUUUUAUUAUGAAUUGUAUCAGCAUUAAAACUUGCAAAUCCAUUGUUCUUUAUAUUUGUGAAUUUUUGUAUUACAUUAAGUAACCUGUUGGCAAUUAUUGAUAUUUUUAUUUGUAAAGUUUACACAAGUUUAUUUUAUAUAUUUAAAUUUCUGUUUACAUUCCACUUGUGUUUUGCGUUUAUUUGAAUCAUUACUGAACUUCACAAUUUAAAAAAUAAUUUGGUAAACAGGAUGCUGUUGAUAUCAGUGGUGUUGCUUGUAUGUACUUUUGAAAUACAAAUACAUAUACUGUGGCAAAACCCUCGGCUCGAGCUCAUUUGCACCUUUUAAAAUCACUGACCCAACAAAAGAACUGCAGGUUUAGCACUUUUGUGCCAUUUUAUUAUUCACAAAAACAAAAUAAUAAAACAAAAACCUAACUUCCCUGGGAGUGCUAACUAAACUUCUUCACAACCCCUAAACUAUCAACCGGACGGCUGAAAAAAAGCACAAAAACUUGUGGCUGAAAAAAAUAAACACUCUGUAGUUAGGGUGGGUAAAGCAAGGCGCCUGGCGAUUGCCUAAAACAUGAUUCAUGCUUUUUUUUUUUUUUUCUUCAAAUCCACUGUUUUACCUGAAUUAUAAAUGCAAUAAGGCCCUUUAGGGUGUCUGUAUACUUUGACAGUGUGCACAUUGCCAUUGAAAAUUACACCAGGGGGCGGAGUUGAGACAGCACUGAGUUAUUUUUUUUUCCUUCCUGUCAGUGCAGACACACUGAGCUGAACAGAGGUGAGGAAUCAAAAAAAAUUCAACGAUGUCUCGGCUUUCAGUAAUUUGUUCAAGAUCUGUGUGAGAGAAGGGUGGAUAAUAUGCACAAGUGUCUUUUUGUGUUUUUCUUUAGCGUUUACAAACCGCUAAAAAUACAUUAUUUGAAGUGACAAAGUCGGGGUGAGUGAGCAUAGACCGAUUUUUGGGGGUUUUUUUUGGUAUUGUUUUUUAUUUUGCUAUUUUCCAGUUCAUUUAAUUGUUCUUCAUCCAAAUCGUCAUGUCUGCUUACUACUUUGGGAUUUUUUCCUGGCAAUUGGUCACAGUUUCAUAGUUACAGCUGUACAUCUGUAAGUGAGUGUAAGCAAGAUGGCUACCGAUACUUAGUUUAAAUUCUGCGAGGCAGCGCAGUGAUUUAGAAUGUGUGAUAAGGUUCCAACUGUCCUAGGAUGCUAGGAUGCUGACGUGGCAGGGUAUUGGCAGGGAUGGGGUUAAAUUCUCCUCCCUGCCCAGGUGUAUUGCAUCAGGUGGGAGCAAUCAAUCAAUCAAUUAACACCCAGCCACCUGACAUAAAAGGAGGAAAGAGGAUAGCUGAGGAAGCAAGGGUGUUUUUCUUUGUGUGCUGUUUUUUUGUUCAUUUUGCAAUCCAGUGAAGGCAAAGCUAAGCCUGGAAGCCUUAUUUUUUGUAAGUUUUACUUUGUGUUUAUUGUCUUGGUGUUUAAGAACCUUUUUGUUUGGCCCUUCUGCCUGUUUAUUUUGUGUCUUAUUUAUUAAAAGUCUUUUGUUUCAACUGCA